AUGUCUUUCUCAAAUUUGGUCUCGGACAUUGCCUUUCGUGAUGCUCGUGUGGAUGAUGGCAGCUCGCAAAUCUCUCACGCCCGAUCGCACCGGUCCCAUGCGACCGCUCGAUCGUAUGCCAGCACCACAGCCACAAGCGUCAGCAUUUCUGGCGAAGUUUCCAGUCAGCUACAUUCUGGAUACAGUCAUCCUCUGACCAGAGCAUGGCAGGCCGAUAGGCAAUUGACAAAGGACAUGCUUAUCUACCCGUUGUUCGUCACAGACAACCCCGAUGAGGAGACUUUAAUUCCUUCGCUACCUAAUCAAUACCGCCGUGGAAUCAAUCGCUUGGGGCUGCGCUCGGUAAUGCUGUUUGGUGUUCCGCUUCACCCAUCCGCCAAAGAUGCGCUUGGAACCGCCGCAGAUGACCCCGAUGGCCCAGUGAUUCAAGCUAUUCGUCUUCUCCGAUCCCGUUUUCCUCAACUUUAUAUCACGACCGAUGUAUGCCUUUGCGAGUAUACCUCGCACGGUCACUGUGGCAUUCUACGAGAAGAUGGAACCCUUGACAAUGCGCAAUCCGUUGACCGGAUAUCCGAUGUCGCUAUUGCCUACGCGGCAGCUGGAGCUCAUUGCGUGGCUCCGUCAGACAUGAACGACGGAAGAAUCCGAGCCAUCAAGCUCAAGUUGAUUGAAGCUGGUGUGGCGCAUCGCGUACUUUUAAUGUCCUACAGCGCUAAAUUCAGCGGCUGUUUGUAUGGACCGUUCCGUGAUGCGGCGGGCUCCUGUCCCUCAUUCGGAGAUCGUCGAUGCUAUCAGCUCCCCCCAGGUGGCCGUGGUCUUGCCCGACGUGCCAUACAGAGAGACAUGGCUGAAGGUGCAGAUAUUAUCAUGGUGAAGCCAGCCAGUAGCUACCUUGAUAUCAUCCGGGAUGCUAAGGAUUUGGCACCAGACCUCCCAGUGGCUGCCUACCAGGUCAGUGGUGAAUUUGCCAUGAUCCACGCUGCUGCCAAAGCCGGUGUUUUUAAUCUUAAGGAUAUGGCCUUUGAAAGCACCGAAGGCAUUUUGAGAGCAGGCGCUGGGAUUGUGAUCAGUUAUUUCGUCCCGGAAUUCCUCGACUGGCUGUAG